AUGGGUUUUUUUGGGACUUCAAAAGAGGAAGAAUCUCAACUUAGACAAGCGGUUUUAACAACAUCCGAAACAAGACAGUCAUAUUCGUCCAACACAGAGUCAUCUGUUUACGAAACUGCUGAUGAAAUGGAUAGUCAGGUGUCACCAAACAUCGACAUUACUGACCACGAAAAAGACAAUCAAGGUAUAAAUACUGAUGAAACCAACAAUAAUCAUCAUACCGCUGCUACCAAUGUCAGUCCCCAAGGAGAUGACGAUAGUACCGUUCAGGGACACGAAUAUAGUGCGAAUCCAAUAAGUGAUUCAAACGACGAUUCGGAUAGCUCCGUUCCUAAGAAUUUUUCUGGUAUUGAUGGCGACAACGAAGAAGAAGAAGAGGAAGAAAACAGAUUAAACAGAGAAUAUACAAUUGAGAGAAUUAAAUCUCAUAAAUCGCUUGAGGCUGCUGCUGAAGAGCAGAUUAAAGAAGAAGAAUCAUUUAUUCAUCCUCAUUCUUCAAGUAGCACCACGUUUGACAAAGAAAAGAUUUAUACCGUCGACGAAUUACUGUAUGAUGGACCAGAUGAUAAAGACAAUCCACAUAAUUGGCCAAAAUGGAAAAAAUGGAUGAUUACUUACACUGCAGCUAUAUUAUGUCUUGUGUGUUCUUUGGGUUCUUCGAUGUACACUGGUAGUGUCCCGGAAAUAAUGAAGCGAUUUGGUGCCUCACAAGAAUUGUGUCUUGCUGGGCUUACAUUUUAUUUACUUGGUUUAGCAUUUGGUCCAGCUUUAUCGGGCCCCUUAUCCGAAGUGUUUGGUCGUAAACCAUUGUACAUGUUCUCCUUACCAAUAGCCAUGUUGUUUACCAUGGGUGUCGGAUUGGCAAAAAACAUUGAGACUAUAUUAGUGUUGCGUUUCUUUUGUGGGUUUUUUUCGAGUCCAGCUUUGGCUGUCGCCAGUGGUACAAUUUCCGAUUGUUGGGCCAUUAACCCUGCGGAACAAUCUUUUGCAGUUGCCUUAUUCUGUUUAUGUCCCUUUUUGGGUCCAGUGUUAGGGCCAAUUAUUGGUGGGUUUGCUGGUGAAUAUAAAGGUUGGCAAUGGGCUUCUGCUUGGGUGUUAUUGAUGUUUUUCGGUGCAGUGUGGCCAUUUACUAUCAUUCUUCCUGAAACUUACAAACCUAUCAUUUUAGCAAGAAAGGCGCAAAAAAGAGGCAUGAAAGUGGAAGUACCAAAAUUGAAUAUUGCUUUUGUUAAAAAAGUUAUCAAAUUCAAUUUAUUUAUGCCUUUGAAGUUGCUCAUUGAAGAGCCAAUUGUGCUAGUGUUAUCGGUGUACAUCUCUUUUGUGUUUGCAGUGUUGUUUGGAUUCUUUGAGGCUUUCCCAGUCAUUUUUAGAGGUGUUCAUCAUAUGGACCUUGGUAUUUCUGGGUUGCCUUUCAUUUCAGUUGGAAUCGGUUUGUUCCUUGGUGUAGUGACGUAUGUCAUUUUAGAUAAGACUAUCUUCUUCCCAAAGAAUCCAGAUGGAUCUCGUGGUAAACGUGAUGCAGAUGGUAACUUUAUCUGGGGUGUGCCAGAGAAAAAGUUGUUGAACGGUAAAAUUGGAGCACCGUUUUUGCCAAUUGCAUUGUUUUGGUUGGGAUGGAGUGGAAGAAGCGAAUCGAUUCAUUGGAUGGCACCAACAGCUAGUGGCGUGUUUUUUGGUUAUGGAUUAAUCUUGGUGUUUUUUUCAGUCGUGCUGUACUUUUCCAUGUCAUUCCCUCCAAUUUACGUUGCUUCUGCUAUUGCAGCCAAUAAUUUAUUAAGAUACACAUUGGCAUCUGUUUUUCCUCUUUUCACAGUACAAUGUUUUGAGAAUUUGGGUAUAGGCUGGGCAGGAUCUCUUUUUGCAUUCAUUGCUUUGGCCAUGGUUCCCGUUCCAUAUGUGUUUGGAUACUUUGGUCCGCAUCUUAGAGCAAGAAGUAAGUUUGGUUAUGCUGCUUAUUUCAAGAAAUUGGAAGAACAAAAGGAAUUGCAAGCUGCUGCUGAUGCCAAAAAGAAAAACACAAAUAGAACACAAGAACAAUCUGUUAAUAGUUCCGCUGUCGAACUUGAAAUGUCAUCAGAAUCCGAGAAAGCUGUUGCUGAAAAAGUGUGA